GAAGAAGGGGAAAAGUUGCAUCGGGCCGUGAACACGCAAGAAGAAAACUGCAAGAGAGAAAAGUGAACUCAGUUUCAACGGUAGACAGUGUUGUGAUUAAUUUUUAGAUCUGAGGCUUUAUCAACGCGAUAAAUCAAAGAGCGCUGAUUAACAGAUGAAAGGUUAAUUGAAAUCUAGUAACUUUCGAGCAGCAGCCAAGAUAUAGAGGGCGAUUGCGGAAGGGAGGGACAGGAGUCUGCGUUUUUACGGAAAAGAAUACGGGUGGGAUUGCUUUGAUGUCUCACCAUUCAUCAACUUUUUAAAGGGUAUCUUCGUCAGCAAGAAAAACAGUACGAUAGCAAUUUGAUAAAAACCGAAAGGAGCUGCGGUAAUAUCCGAAACACAGGCCGUACGCAACGUUUAAAAACAGUAAGAUCGCUCAAGAAGUAUUACGCUGAAAAUGUGUUUAUGUGUAGUUUUAGUUGCUCGCUAACUGUAGGCUUUAUCUAAUUCACCGAAGAAUUCUUCGUAGGCAGUCUGUAGCCUAAGAAAACAAUUCUGCGUUACCUUUGAAGAACAACAGAACAGAACAAGAAUUCGCUCUUUAUCGCCGUUUUCUCUGGAUGUAACUUAGCUGUCUCGUUACAUGAACCUGAAUUUCCAUUAGCCUACCUAUCUUUGUGCUGCUCCUGCUUGAGUAGCUACACUUUUCAGGGUCAAUAGUUAUGUCAGCAGAGGAGGAAAGGUUUAAGCUGGUCGUCGUUGGUGGGGGUGGUGUGGGCAAGAGCGCAUUAACCAUUCAGUUCAUACAGUCCUACUUUGUGUCCGACUAUGACCCCACCAUUGAAGACUCCUAUACAAAAAUCUGUGUGGUAGAUGGCAGACAGACACGACUGGACAUCUUGGACACGGCAGGGCAGGAGGAGUUUGGGGCCAUGAGGGAACAGUACAUGCGCUCUGGAGAGGGCUUCCUGCUGGUGUUUGCACUGAAUGAUAGAGGGAGUUACAAUGAAAUUCACAAAUUCCACACACAAAUCCUCAGAGUAAAGGACAGAGAUGACUUCCCCAUGGUUCUCGUGGGCAACAAAGCAGAUCUCGACCCACAAAGACUGGUCUCUAGAGAGGAGGCAGAGACCUUUGCCAGAGAGAACAGGAUCAAAUACAUGGAAUCUUCAGCCAAGAAUCGGUACAACGUGGAUGAAGCUUUCUUUGAAGUGGUGCGAGCAAUAAGAAAUUUCCAGGAGACAGAAAGUCCUCCAUCACCAUCCAACCAUACAAGCAAAUGCAAGAAGUCCAACAGCUGCCCCUGCACCCUACUGUAACUACCCAAGCUGCCGUGCUGCCAAGGAGACUGGUACUCCACGAGUGCCCUUGACAUCUUGCAAGUUUGUUCAAAUCAUCGAAUGGGAGAGGGAUGGAUCAGGAUGACAAGGAGAGACAGGGAUUGAGAACUGUGACAGAUAAAGAGAGUGAAGACCUGAGAGGGGCUGAAGGGGAAAGUGAACUAGAUGAACAAGAGAGGACCUUUAAGAAACUGAUCAGGAAAGAGCAAGUGAAAGAGAGUAGUAUAAUGGGGAGGAGCAUUGGACUGUGACAUUACAUUUCAUUUCAGUUUGCACUUUUUAUCAGUGUCUUUAAUUUUUAUGGUUUUAC